AUGUUCGAAGGAAUAGAGUGGAGGGGAGAAGGAGAUUCGCAGCUUCCGUUUGAUUUUGUAGAUGAAUUGUUCGAUGAAAAUUCAGCAAAAUGUGCAUUGUUCAAUGACGAAACAAUCGCUCAGUUUCGUCGAGAACGAAGGAAGGAGGAAAGAGUUCGUCGUCGGAAGAAUAAAAAAUUAUCAAAUAGUAUAACUGAACUUAAAAUGGAUAUUAACAUUUACAUCGAUUUCGGUUUUUCGUAUGCGAUGAAUGAUAAAGAAAUAAAGAAGUUAGUGCGGCAAAUGGGUCGCGUUUGGGGAUUACAAAAAAGGAAUAACAGAUUGAAAAUCACGUUAUUAUCUCCUUGUAAUCGAUUUUUGGCUGAGAGCCGUCGGGAAAUUCUUUGCGACAAAUGUAUUUAUUUAAGUCCGGAUGCUGAUUUAUUGCCGCUUUCUGCUGUUUCUUCUGAUUAUAUUUACAUUAUAGGUGGUUUGGUGGAUGAAACAGGUGCUGGUUCGUUAUCAAGGAACAAAGCAGAUGCAUUAGGAAUUCCUGCAUAUCGAUUUCCUAUUGUGGAAAAUAUGCGAAAAGGGGUAAAGGGAACGUUUAAUUUAAUGCUAAGUAUCAAUAAUGUCGUAGAAAUUUUAAUUUUUUAUGUUCUUUGUGGGCGGUGGGACAAGGCGCUUGGUCUAACAAUUCCAAAAAAAAGUGGUUAUUUACCUAUUUAUGAUGAGAAAUUAAGUCUUGUGUCCCAAAAUUCCUUAAUACUCUUAUAUCCAGCAUAA